AUGGAUGUACCAUAUGUGCCCGCGUAUAAGCCGCAUUUUCAGCGCAUUUUUCAUGCAGUCAUUGUGGUAAAAUUAGUUUAUGAGGCCAAGAUAUUCUCCAACUGUGAGCUGGCCCGCAGACUGAAGGCCCGUGGUUUGGACGGCUACCAUGACUACAGCUUGGCAAAUUGGAUCUGCUUGGUGAAGCACGAAAGUAACUUCAACACCCGGGCCUUAAACAGGAAAAAUGCCAAUGGCAGCAGUGACUAUGGGAUCUUCCAGCUGAACAACCAAUGGUGGUGCAAAGACAACAGAUACCCCUCCAAAAAUGCCUGUGACAUAGCAUACAGCAAGUUUAUGGAUGAUAACAUUGAUGAUGACAUCCACUGUGCCAAGAGAGUUGUGAAAGAUCCUAAUGGGAUGUCUGCCUGGGUGGGCUGGAAAAAUCACUGCAAAGGCAGGAAUUUGUCCAAAUACCUGGCUGGCUGUAAACUGUAA